AUGCGGUCAAGGGUUUAGACUUUAGACAAAGAAAUGGAAAACUUCCAUCAUAUUCGCUUUGCCUUUCUUCAUCAUCCAAAGCUCAACUCUCUAAUCAUCCUCAUAUACUCUCCAUCGCCUUUGCUUCUCUCAAAUCUAUGAUACUCUGUUUGUUGUUAUCUACAACUAUUGAGCUUUCAGGGGUGUGACAAGCAGCAAAUUGAAUUUUACAAUGAACAAGGGAGGGGCAGGUGGAGGUACAAGUGGGGCAGCUGGUCCUACAGCUGCGGCGGCUGCUGCUGCUGCUCAAAAGCAGAAAUCAUUGCAGCAGAGAGUUGACAACGACAUUGGAAGUAUCAUUGACAAUUUUAGCAUUGUUGUUAAUGUUGCCCGGGUUAAUGAUCCUCCGGUCAGAAAUUCACAAGAAGCUUUCAUGAUGGAGGUGCGAGCAGCAAGAAUGGUACAAGCAGCCGAUUCUUUGUUGAAAUUGGUAUCGGAGUUGAAGCAGACAGCAAUAUUUUCAGGAUUUGCAUCAUUGAAUGACCAUGUAGAGCAGAGAACCGAGGAGCUAAACCAGCAGGCAGAGAAGACUGAUCGGAUCUUGGCUAGGAUCGGUGAAGAUGGUGCAGCUAGUCUCAAGGAGAUGGAAUCACAUUACUAUUCUUCAGUUCUUAGGUCAAACCAACACUUGCAACAAUGAACACCUCCACCUUUCUUUUAGUUAAUAAACACUUUUGCACUUGGAAUCAUUAUUAUAUGAUAUAAGUUAUAUCUUUUGCACUUGGAAUCAUUAUUAUAUGAUAUAAGUUAUAUCCUGAUGGAUCUUGUAACCUUUUGCCUAUCGUUUUACCCAUCAUUUGUAUAUUUUUUAGAUUCAGAAACUUUUCCAAGUAUCUUAGGGCUGUGUUUUUGGAAUGAAUCUUCAUGAUUAAUAAGCU